UUUUUUUCUGGGCCCUCUCAUGAGUUUAAUUGCCCCAGAGCUCAAAGACAUCCUUGUUUUCCUUCAGCAUGGGAGUAAAGGAAGCCCUUGCAGGUUUUUAGCCGAGUGGCUCUGGCAGUGAAGCUAGGCAGGACCCGCCCUGGGAUUUCCAGGCCCUUUCCUGGCUUUCUGCCAAGAUCUUUCCCUGUGAGAUUGCUUGGGGUCCUUUCUGCAUUACAGUUGGUGGGAGAGAAUGAGAUCUCCCAUGGAUCACUCUGGUGCCAGGGUUGGGCCAGUUUCCAAAAGAGUCACUGGGACGGGGCCUCUGGGGAGCCCUCAGCAGAGCGCUGUCCUCUGGUGGCUCAUGUUGGGUGCUGGGGCAGGAUGGAGUGUUACAGUGGCAGUUGGAGGUCCCGUCCCCUUACAAGACAGCACGUCAGAGUCGAGGGCUGGGGCGGGCAUGCAGCCACGUGCUGGAGGACAGCCUCAGGGGCAGGCAGCUGCACCUGUCUGCCAAGGGUCAGAAGGGCUUUUAUUUGUAAUUUUUAAUGUUAAUGUGCCUUCUUUUCUCACUUGAUGGCAGAUGCUUGGAAAGUAGGCAGUUGACUCUCUUUCACUGUACUGCGAUACUCCCUCUUAGCAGCUGGCACUGUAUUUGGCAGAUGUUUCCAGAUUUAGACAGGGCAUCAGGAGAUAGAUAUGCUUCCUACUUUGCUACUACCUAGCUACAAGCAGGGCGGGUCACUUCAUCUUUUAGGGUUGAUUCUUCAGCCAUAAAAUGAGGGGUGUGGAGUGACCUACAAAGGCUCUUUUAGCAACGGUCUCUAGGUUCUGGGGGACUACGCAACUCCAAAUGUGUCCUUACUGUGUGUCAUAAAGACGCCCUUGUUCUUCUCCUUUGACUAGUAGCAUUACUGAGCAAGUCCACCCAGGGACGCCACCCUGCGCACAGCAGGAAGGUUUUCUUCUCUCACCAUCUUGUAAAAAUGAGCAAACCCAUAAAAAAUAAGGAGGAGGAAGGAUUGUGGAGGGGAGAUGUUGAGACAGGGGCCAGGGGUGAGCCCCCGUCAUGCUCCUGCUCUUCCUCUGAGCUGCUUUCAGCUACUGUUUUUCAGUAUCUAGGUUGGUGGCAAGGAAAGAGUCACAGGGUCAGGAGAUGAGAGUUACCCAUGGCCUCUAAAGAGUAUGGAGUAUGCCUGAGGUCAUGGCAGAGAGGAGAACAUCAUUUGUGGCUCUGAGACCUGGGGGAGUUUGAGCAGAACUGGAUGGUCGAGAGGAGAUUUCUUGAAUGCCACAGGGUACUCUAGUGAAGGCAGAGGAAACAGAAGAUACGGGAGAAAUAUCCAGAUUCUCACCCUCUGGGAGCCUGUUCUUGGGCGAGCUGCCAUGUCCACGCAGAGACUUCGGAACGAAGACUACCAUGACUACAGCUCCACCGACGUGAGCCCCGAGGAGAGCCCCUCCGAAGGCCUCAGCAACCCCUCCUCCCCGGGCUCCUACCAGCGCUUUGGGGAAAGCAACAGCACGACAUGGUUCCAGACCUUGAUCCACUUGUUAAAAGGCAACAUUGGCACAGGACUCCUGGGGCUGCCUCUGGCAGUGAAAAAUGCAGGCAUCUUGAUGGGCCCCCUCAGCCUGCUGGUGAUUGGCAUCGUGGCCGUGCACUGCAUGGGCAUCCUGGUGAAGUGUGCUCACCACUUCUGCCACAGACUGAACAAAUCCUUUGUGGACUAUGGGGACACUGUGAUGUAUGGACUAGAAUCCAGCCCCUGCUCCUGUCUCCGGAACCAUGCACACUGGGGAAGGCACAUUGUGGAUUUCUUCCUGAUUGUCACUCAGCUGGGAUUCUGCUGUGUCUAUUUUGUGUUUCUGGCUGACAAUUUCAAACAGGUGAUAGAAGCGGCUAAUGGGACCACCAACAACUGCCAUAGCAACGAGACGGUGAUUGCGACCCCCACCAUGGACUCGCGACUCUACAUGCUCUCCUUCCUGCCCUUCCUGGUGCUGCUGGUCUUCGUCAGGAACCUCCGAGCCCUGUCCAUCUUCUCCCUGCUGGCCAACAUCAGCAUGCUGGUCAGCCUGGUCAUGAUCUUCCAGUUCAUUGUGCAGGGGAUCCCAGACCCCAGCCACCUCCCCUUGGUGGCGCCCUGGAAGACCUACCCUCUUUUCUUUGGCACGGCCAUUUUUGCAUUUGAAGGCAUCGGGAUGGUUCUGCCUCUUGAGAACAAAAUGAAGGAUCCCCAGAAAUUUCCACUCAUCCUGUACGUGGGAAUGGUCAUCGUCACGGCCCUCUACAUCAGCCUGGGGUGUCUGGGGUACCUGCAAUUUGGAUCCAGUAUCAAAGGCAGCAUAACCCUCAACCUGCCCAACUGCUGGUUGUACCAGUCGGUGAAGCUGCUGUACUCCAUCGGCAUCUUUUUCACCUACGCGCUGCAGUUCUACGUCCCGGCCGAGAUCAUCAUCCCCUUCUUCGUGUCCCGGGUGCCCGAGCACUGCGAGUUGGUGGUGGACCUGUUCGUGCGCACCGUGCUCGUCUGCCUGACGUGCAUCUUGGCCAUCCUCAUCCCCCGCCUGGACCUGGUCAUCUCCCUGGUGGGCUCUGUGAGCAGCAGCGCCCUGGCCCUCAUCAUCCCGCCCCUCCUGGAGAUCGCCACCUACUACUCAGAGGGCAUGAGCCCCCUCACCAUCGCCAAGGACGCCCUGAUCAGCAUCCUGGGCUUCGUGGGCUUCGUGGUGGGGACCUACGAGGCCCUCAGCGAGCUGGUCCAGCCAAGCAAUGCUCCCAUCCUCGUCAAUUCCACCCGUGCCUUUGUGUAGUGAUCUGGGCGCACGCGUCCAGCCCAACCCUCAUGUGUCCCCCAGGAUCUGUCCCCGGAGCCUCAGGUAUGGUCCAGGCUCUGGGGAAAGGCAGGGUCGCUGUCUGGGAACCCUUCUACCUGGCCCCUGCAUAUCCUGGGCCAGGUAAGGCUGAGGGUGGGGGAGAUGAUGGGGUGCAGACACGCAGGAGGGAUAGCCCUAGUGACAGCGCUGUCAUCCUUCAUUUGUACUUCUUUUAACCCAGAACCCUUUUGCUCUUUCCCUCAUCGUGCCUCCUCCUUCCUCUGAUGCCCCUCACCACAUUACUCCCGUUGCACAGCUCACUUUAUUUAGAAAUUUUAGUGUUCCUCGUGUCUUCUCCUUUCCUGGGCCAGGCCUAGAUGAAAUAAGUGGGCGCUGUUUCCUCUCUGUAAAGCUGGGCCUCUUGCUUAUCUCUCUCCCA